UUUCGGUCUGUUCCGCAGCCGCUCGGUCAUUUUCGCCUCUUUGUUUUACUGAUAGUGGAUUUAACUCGGAUUCAACCCAAUAUCCAGCGGACCGUGCUGCUCCCGAACAGGCUCCAAUGAGAGGCUCUCCAUGAUGAGGAGCUAACACUGUUGGCCGCACAACCGCAGGAAGAGACGUGGCCGCUGCACCAUCCACAGUCGACGCAUGGCGGUAUUAGGGAACCCCGACAUGCUGACGAGGAAGAUAAAGCUCUGUCACAUCAACGCCCACAUCACAUGUCGCCUGUGUGAGGGCUACCUGAUCGACGCCACCACUGUCACAGAGUGCUUACACACCUUCUGUAGAAGCUGCCUAGUGAAGUAUCUGGAGGAAAACAACACGUGCCCCACGUGUAGGAUUGUUAUUCAUCAGAGCCAUCCACUGCAGUAUAUCGGCCAUGACAGAACAAUGCAAGACAUUGUCUACAAGUUGGUACCGGGACUUCAAGAGGCGGAGAUAAAGAAGCAGAGGGAUUUCUACCAGAAGUUGGGGAUGGAGGUGCCUGGAGACAUUAAAGGAGAGCUUUGCAACAUGAAGACUCAUCUAGAUCAGCGCAAUGGCGACGCAAAAUCGGAGGAUACGGCCAAUAAGGAGGCGGGAGAGGAGAAACCAGAAGAGGACAACGACUAUCACCGUAGCGACGAGCAGGUCAGCAUCUGCUUGGAGUGCAACAGCAGCAAGCUUCGAGGUCUGAAGCGCAAGUGGAUCCGCUGUUCAGCACAAGCCACAGUCCUCCACCUCAAGAAGUUCAUCGCCAAAAAGCUUAACCUGACGUCAUUUAAUGAGUUGGACAUUUUAUGCAACGAGGAAAUCUUGGGAAAGGACCACACUUUGAAAUUUGUUGUUGUGACAAGAUGGAGAUUUAAGAAAUCCCCCCUCCUGCUCCAUUACAGACCCAAGAUGGAUCUGCUGUAGCUAAAACGGACACAACGGUUGUUUUGCGUUGCUUUAUUUUUUGGUCGG